UUAUUGUGCCCGUUAUUCUGUUGCGAAAUGGACCUUUUGGGCAGCAUAAUCGGUGCCAUGGACAAACCACCGGCCAGGGAUAAGAAGGAGAAAGAUAUGUACGAAAAACAAAAGAAGGAAUACGAAAAGCUGAAAAAUCGUGAACGAGAAGAACUGAACCGAUUCCGUACUUACGUAGAGCAGCGCUUGGGCCGACUGAUGAAAGACGACAAUCGGCACUACAUGGAAUUCCAGCCGUUGGAUCAGUUACACCGUUCCGUUGUCCAUGACAUCGCGGAGACGGCCGGGCUCGUGGGCAUCAGCUUCGGCGUCGAAGACGAAGGUCGCUAUAUUGUAGUGUACAAAAAGGAACACCAACCCAGUAAGGACGAGUUGGACGCCAGGCGGAACGGUGAUCCAUGGAACAAGGAAACCGCCAAGCAGUACGCCGAACGACGGCGCGCCCAGGAACUGGAAGACAGGCAGCGAAAAGCGCGUAACCGAGGUGCGAAAGGUGACGGAGAAGCGGCACAGUCGUUGCCCCACACGGACUACAAAGACAAGUACGCGCACCUUAUCGGGCAGGACGCGGCAAUUGAUGCCGCCAAACGGACCGUGACGAACCGCACGUACGGAUACGUGCCCAGUGAAAACAAACGAGAUCUACGUUCCAUCGAGCAAACGAUGGCCGACAUUCAAGCCAAAAAGAAGCGCAAAAUUGAACAGACUGAGGUACCGCCCGAAUAGAGCGCUCAGCUUCACGGUCACCACAUGAAGACGGCUUUUUCACGCAAAACCCGCAGCCCGUAGCGGGCCCACUCAGUCUCCGUUAGCCACAGCUCUUCGGCACUCUCCAGGCACGACAUGAUGGCGGCCCCCUUCCAGCUGGUCAUCUCCGGGUCCAUAUCCUUGGGGCUAGUCACGAUGCUCUGCUCGGAUCGGAACGCGGGGGGCAUCUUUUGCGACAGUUUGUUCUGCAGCCACCGGCCAAUGCCGGCAAACUUCAUGCCACCGCCCACAAGCAGGACGCAGCCGUACAUCUUCCGCUUCAGCUCGUCGCUGGCUACAGGAGAGUGCCGGAGAAGUGAAUUAGCAUGGUCAAAAUGUGUUUACUGU